AUGAACGUCAACGUCUUUCUCCGAAACGUGGUGUGCCUGGUCGGCUCGAUGCUUUUCAUGAUGACGCUCUCCUGGCGUCUCUCGCUCAUCACCUUCAUCCUCGUCCCAAUCAUCUUUGUAGCGUCCAAGAUUUUCGGAACGUAUUAUGACUACCUCUCCGAGAAGACGCAGAAUAACGUCGCACAAUCGAACGAUGUGGCCGAGGAAGUGAUUUCCACCAUGCGCACCGUCAGAUCUUUUGCUUGUGAAAAUUAUGAAGGAGACCGAUUCUACCAAAGGCUGACAGACACACUAAACGUGACCAGAACAAAGGCCAUCGCGUAUGUUGGCUUUUUAUGGGUCUCUGAGCUCUUCCAAACGUUCAUCGUCGUCGCUGUCCUUUGGUAUGGCGGUCAUUUGGUGCUCGUUGGCAGGCUCAAGUCUGACCUCCUCGUCUCGUUCCUGCUCUACCAAAUGCAAAUGGCCGACAAUCUGAGGCAGAUGGGAGAAGUGUGGACGGGGCUUAUGCAGUCGGUUGGAGCCUCGAGGAAGGUAUUUGAAUACAUCGACCGCGAGCCGACCAUCCAACACCACGGCAAGCUGAAGCCCGAGCGAUUGGCGGGCAAAAUCGAAUUCAAGAAUGUCCACUUUGCCUACCCGACCCGGCCUCAACUGCCGAUUUUGCGUGACCUCUCGUUCACCGCCGAAGUUGGACAAACGGUGGCCCUGGUUGGCCCGUCUGGCAGUGGAAAAUCCUCGUGCAUCGCCCUUUUGGAGAAUUUCUACUUGGCAAAUGCCGGACAGAUCCUUAUCGACGGCGUGCCAAUCGACGAAUAUGAACACCACUACAUUCACCAAAAAAUUGCCCUUGUCGGCCAGGAGCCAAUCCUCUUCGCUCGAUCUGUGGCCGAGAAUAUUGCUUAUGGUUGUGAGGUGACUGAGCAAGACGUCGUCACCUCGUCCCAAAUGGCCAACGCCCACGGCUUCAUCGUUCAAACGACGCAGCAGUACCAGACCAACGUCGGCGAGAAGGGCAGCCAGAUGUCCGGAGGUCAAAAACAGCGAAUUGCCAUUGCGAGGGCGCUCGUCCGGCAGCCGGCCAUUCUGCUCCUCGAUGAAGCGACGUCAGCGCUGGAUACAGAGAGCGAGUCUGUCGUCCAGGAGGCCAUCUCAAAAAAUUUGGAAGGAAAGACGGUGAUCAUGAUUGCGCAUCGACUGUCGACUGUGGAGAAGGCUGAUAAGAUUAUUGUCAUCAAUAAGGGUGUCGUGGAGCAACAAGGAACGCACGAAGAGCUUCUUCGCCAACCCGGCACCUACGCCACCCUCGUCCAGCGGCAAAUGCUUGGCGAUCAUAAGAACGCGCCCAAGGCGAUCAAGCCGUCUGGCGAAAGCGCGAUUCCCGUCUCACCACCCCACUCGACGGCCAGAAGUCUUUUGGGCACAUCGUUCUCCCAGUCGGCCUCCAGCUUCCAAUCCAAA